CCCACCCCCGACGUAUAAAUUCGGUUGCUCGCGCCAGCGGCCCGCGGGCAUGGCGACUGCAGGCAGCGCGACGAGCCGCAGGGACCCUGGACGACCCUGCCCUUUUUCCAUCGAGCACAUCCUCUCCAGCCUGCCGGAACGCAGGCCCGCAGCACGGCCACAGCAACCCGUCGGUGACCGGAACCCCGCUGAGCCCGACGAGCCCGAGGCGCCUGCCGCCGCUGCGCCCUGCACCUGCUGCUGUUGCUGCGGCCCGCGAGCAGCACCCCGCGGAGUACCGGAGGCGGCGUCCACACCCGGAGUGCGGCUAGCGUGGCCGCUGAGACUGGCGUCGGCGGCGCCCUCGCCCCUGACAACGCCGAGCACAGGCUCGCCGGCUCUGACCGGCACGAGCGGCCAGGGCCCGCAGAGGCGCACACGGCGCCACCGAACCAUUUUCAGCGAGGAGCAGCUGCAGGCGCUCGAGGCGCUCUUUGUACAGAAUCAGUAUCCCGACGUGGGCACACGCGAGCGCUUGGCUGUCCGCAUCCGCCUGCGGGAGGAACGCGUGGAGGUCUGGUUCAAGAACCGCCGGGCCAAGUGGCGACACCAAAAGCGUGCUUCAUCAUCAAGGCUCCUGCCUGGAACCAAGAAACCUCCCAAGGAGAGCUGUUGAUGGUGUCUGGAGUUUCUCCUGGCUUUGGCAGUGACUUGGAGCACGACAAAGUAGGAGGGAGACAGAGCUACUUGCACAGAAACUAAGAGAGGACAGCAUCCUCUUCCAUGGUUCUCUUUCAGUGUCCGCCUGGCCAGUGCUGGGAGAGAGGGGAUCCAAGACCUCUUCACCUAUGACAGGAGGGCACAUGGGGGCAGGAACCAGAGAGCUCCUGCAGGUUCUGAAGGGUGUGGUGGUGUCUGCGAGAGAUGUGGUCCAUCCAUGGAAGCUAAACUGUAGAGCUAAUGGCAGAAAAUCUUGACACCGUGUACAGAUGGCUGGUUUAGCCGGGCAGUGGUGGCACACACCUUUAAUCCCAGCACUGGGGAGGGGAGGCAGAGGCAGGCGAAUCUCUGUGAGUUCAAGGCCAUCCAAGUCUACAAGACAGGCUCUAAAGCUACAGAGAAACCUGUCUCAGAAAACAAAACAAAACAACAACAAAAAAGAUGGCUGGUUUGGAAAACACUGAGCAGGCAUGUAUCCCCAGCCAGGGCUGUCCUAACACUACCAGAGACCUCCAGGAUGGGGACUCCCUUCCUCAGUCCCUCAGAUGCACACUUGGGGCUGCCACCAGACUUUUCUUCCUGAAGUUUGGCCUUGCCUUAGAAGAUGGCGCUGUCUAGCUUCAGACACAGUAGUCUAGGAGGUCAGCUCACCUGCAGGCUUGGACAUUCACAUUGUGCUGAGUUCCAAGCCCCUGUCCUUCUUGGUUAUUCAGAAUCAGAGUUUGCCUGAGUUUCGGCCCUCCUCUCGUUGUUACCAUCCCCUGCAAAAGCUCCUCCCAUCCCUCACCUGAUGCCUGGCCUUAGCAAGUGUCCAGAGACUCCAUCUCAAGGCCUCUCCCAUCUUCAUUCUCUUCUUUAAAAAAAUCGUGUGUGCCUGCGUGUGUGUGUG